CCACACACCUAAACCAGCAACCACCCCUACCUGCACUCCCAGUCUAGAACAUCAGCAACGCAGCAAAGGAUUCAGAGCAAGCAUCGAAGAACGGCGUUCACUGACUGCUAGUUUGCGAAACACAGAAUGGUGAAGGGCGCGCAGCAUGACGCACUGGGCAACGGCAAUGCGUCGUCGGCCGCGGCGAGGCAGGGGAGGCAGCACCAGCAGCAGCAGUACAAGGGCGUGCGGAUGCGGAGCUGGGGCUCGUGGGUGUCGGAGAUCCGUGCGCCGAACCAGAAGACCCGCAUCUGGCUAGGCUCCUACUCCACCGCCGAGGCCGCCGCCCGCGCCUACGACGCCGCCCUGCUCUGCCUCCGGGGCUCCGCCGCCGCCGCCGACCUCAACUUCCCCGUCCGCCUCCCCUUCCACCUCCCCGCCGCCGCCAUGUCGCCCAAGUCCAUCCAGCGCCUCGCCGCCGCCGCCGCCUCCUCCAAUGCCAAUGCCGCCUCCUUCAUCCCCUUCCUCCAUGAUGCCGGCCAUGGCGCCAUGGCAGCUUCCUCCGCGUCCAUGUGCAGCUCCCCCGAGACCGCCAACAACAACGGCAACGACAACGACAACGCGGAGCACGAUGACGAGAUGACGAUGAUGAUGCGCGGCGGCGACAUGGACUACGGCGCGCUCGCGGACAUCGACGGCUUCUUCCCGUCGCCCAAGUGCGCGGGCUACGGCAUGAUGGAGAUGGACCCGUGCAGCACGUUCUUCGCGCCGGCGCCCGCCGCGGCGGCCGAGUGCUGGGAGGAGGAAGGUGAGAUCAGCCUCUGGAGCUUCUCCUCCUUCAACUGAUCAAGCUCAACCCGCAAACGCCAACCAAGGCGCGCCAUGGAAGGUCAAGCUAGCCACCCUCCGGUGGUGAAAUCACCAUUAAUUCGAUAAUUAAGCAAUUCAAUACUGACAGAUUAAUUACUGCCGCUACGUGAUCGAUCAAGAGUCGGUCACGAGGUACAAUAAUCGGGUACCAUGAUUAUUUUCUUAUUUCGUGGUACCGAAAAUGAUUAAUUAUUAUUUUAUAUUCAUGUAUCUGCUGGUAAGUGGCACUAGUGUUAGUGUACUAGGCUAAUUAUGCAUUAGUUUGUGGGGGGAGCUCUGAUGGAGCUACAUGUUUUAAGGCAGCUUUCCAUGGAGCUAACUUCCCUCAACUCACAUGGCAUGCAGACUAUGUGUUGAACAUGUGUUUUUCUGCAAGUUCAAGCAAUGUAUCACUCUACAUGUUUUAAGGCAGCUUUUAGUUUCCAUGCACACGGAGCUAAUGAACUCCGGUCUCAAUUGUAUGCUACCUGUAAAAGCUUUAUUCUUUUUUUCCCCUGCAAGAGCAAGUAAUAAUGGAUUAUGCUGUACUCAUAUUCAUAUACUUCUGUCCAAAGCAUUGUCCUCUUACUAGUGUCGUUGCGGUACGUAUGAUUGUAUCUAGUCCACGCAGAAUUUCUGGGAUCCUCCUAAAUAAAUUUACAGUGUGGGUCUCUCUUGCUUGUCUUAAUUCUUAGCAAAUUUUCUAAUUCGUGCUAGAAUUGAACUGUUCACUGAAUUCGUGUGAAUCUGGUCUUAGCUGUGAGAUGCUCGCUGCAGUCAUUGUCAAGGAGGGUGCGUCCGGUCAAAAGCAACAUAGAGUUUCCUCUCGCUGUCGUGUAAAACAGCUGGCUAUAUAUAUUGCAGAUUUGCAGAAGAUUAACCGGAGCAUCCACCGGACGAGAAAGCAACGCUGCCCGGCUUUAAAAACAAAACAAAGAAGGAUAUCCGGGUUGCUAUUUCGCAUUGAUCCAUGCGCGUAACCUGCCGAACAGAGAUGUAUGCGCAUAACCUGCAGAACAGACAUAUACUAGUGCAGUUUCUACCUAUAUAAAAAUAGUCAUUUCUUGCUCAGGCCGUUGCAUAGCAUCAAGCCUGCCGUCACUCCGUCUACAGUGGGUCGAAAAUGCCUGUCCUCUGUAUUGAAGCUUGCACUUGGACAGAUGCAAUCUCCAAAUCUGAAAGUAUACUCGAUUGAUGGUUCGAAAACAUCCCACGGACUAUCUUUUUUCCAGACUAGUCGAUGUGGAUGAACAAAUUUACGUUCUCUUAUAAUCCGUUGGAAGAAUUGAUGGCGCAGCGAAGCGCUCAAUUCCUGCUAGUAUACUGAAAAAAAAAUCAAACAAUGCACUCCUAUGAUCCUAUCUGAAUCUCAGAAUCUGUAACUGUUCCGGUUCGGGUCCCGACUCCCGACCCUGUACGGCUCUACGUGACCCGCAUCGCCCAUAGCCGCAUCCGCAUUCGCGCAUCUGCAUCCGCAUCCGAGACGCUGCCCUACUCCCCCUGCCAGGCUACCAGCAGCAGCUUGGGCUUCCCUACUCUUCUCGUGUCGCCGCCGCGAGCCAUGGGAUACUCCAAGGACGAACUCCUCGCGCGCCUCGAGGAGCUUAAGAUUGAGUUUACGUGCUAUGGUCACCCGGCUGUGUUGACAGUCGAGGAACAGGCCAAACAUGUGGGGAAUUUUGGAGGUGCUUUGAGUAAAAAUCUACUUUUGAAGGACAAGAAGCACCGGUUGUAUAUUGUUUCUGCACUUGCUGACACCAAAGUUGACAUGAAAAGUCGGUGAAUUUACUGAUGAUCACAUUUUUUUGUUGCUUAUAUAUAUGGGCAUCAUGUCGAUUAAUUUUGUUUUCUCUGAAACUACCAGUUCUUUCCCAGCGUCUUGGUUUGGGAAAAGGUGGUCUACGAAUGGCUCCUGAGGAAAAUUUGCAGCAAGUACUUCAGGUACCGUUAGGGUGUGUUACUCCAUUUGCGCUAUUUAACGAGUCCGCAAGUGCUGUUUCACUAUUACUGGACCAAGGGUUUAAGUCUAAAACGAGCUGCUACUUCCAUCCACUAACAAAUGAUGUGACUAUUGCUCUCAACUCAAGCAACCUGGACAAGUUUCUCAUCUCAAUUGGGAAGGAACCAGCUUAUGUAGACUUGGAGGCCUCACCAGCGGUAGGUAAAGAUAAUCCUCCUGAUCUAGCAGAUUUCGUGCCGUCUGGUGCCCUAAAUUCAUCAGAACCAGUUGAGAACAUGACACCUACACCUGCUCCUCAACGCAAUAACGUGCCCAAA